AUGACCACUCCCAAGAAGAGAUCCUGGGAAGGUCACAUCAUCAACAACAGCAACACAACCACUACGCAGCAGACGCAGGGACAAGACCGCUUGGCUGCAAUGGCUGCCACCGAUGCCACCGAUGCUGUUGCCGCUGCUGCUGCUGCAGACACUGGAAACAGCAGCAGCUCAACAAUUCUGUCCAUUUUCGAGACCUUCCGCAGCGAGUUGGACGAGCAUCAUGACCGCCGGGAGCGGAUCGUCAAGGCGUCGAGGGAUAUCACCGCGUUGAGUAAGAAGAUAAUCUUCUCCUUACAACGCCUUCGCACCGUCAACGCUCCCAUCCCCCCCGCCAUCGCCAAAGAGAAUCAGACCCGCUUCGACCAGAUCCUCGAGCUCUUCCGGAGCAUCGUCCCAGACAUUUCCGGCCUGAACGCCUGGCGCUACCAGCGACAGGUCAGCCCCGGCAUCCAGGAGUUCAUCGAAGCGCUCUCCUUCCAGCACUACGUGCAGACACAGCGGCUGAUCUCGCGGGACGAGGUUGCCGCGAAGCUGCCGCCCGAGGUGCUGGUCACCGAGGAGGACUAUCUGAUGGGCAUCUUCGACCUGACGGGCGAGUUGAUGCGGUUUGCGGUGACGAUGCUGUCUACGGGUGGGCAGAUUACGAAGAAGAAGAAGGAGAAUAAGACCAUGCAGUCAGCUAUCAGCAACAUGGAGGGGGAUUCCCAGCGGGAAGAGGAAGACACGCCACUGCGGGAACUGCCCGCCGCGCAGGCCAACAUUGUGGUUGACCUGCGCGGGAUGCGCGCGCAGUUCGAAUCGCUCAACGUGCCGCGCCGCCACAGCAGCAACAUGAUGCGCGACAUGUACAAGAAAGUGGAGGUGAUGCAGACCAGCGUGGAGAAGGUCGAGCGGGCGGCGUAUGGGAUCCUGGUCCGAGGCAGCGAGCGGCCGAGCGGGUGGACGCCGGACUUGUCGACGUCGACUGUCGAGGAAGUGGAGAGCUAUUGA